AUCUCCUCUCUCAUGAACAAUGACGGUAGAAGAAGAUCCUAAAGCAACUCCGUCAUUACCAGACUACAAGCCUUUACCUUCAUCAUCAAGUCACGAGCUAAACGACGCCGUUCUGAUCUCAUCACAUCCUUCUCCUCCCUCACGACGCCGUUUCAUCAUCUCUAUAUUUCUCAUAUCUUUUGCCUCGAUCCUCAUCUACAUCUUCUGGCCGUCCGAUCCACGCAUCAAGAUCAUACGGGUCAAAAUUUCCCACGUGCACGUUCACCGCCGUCCGGUGCCGUCUAUAGACAUGACGUUGCUCGUUACGCUUAAGGUAUCAAAUGCUGACGUGUACUCUUUUGACUUCACGGAUCUUGACGUCACGAUUGACUAUAGAGGGAAGACGUUAGGUCACGUGAGUUCUGAUGGCGGGCACGUGACGGCUUUUGGUUCUUCUUACCUUGACGCGGAGGCUGAGCUUGACGGCGUCAUGGUGUUUCCUGACGUCAUUCAUUUGAUUCACGAUUUAGCUAAAGGCUCCGUUGAAUUUGACACCGUUACGGAGACUAACGGGAAACUUGGCGUUUUGUUCUUCCGUUUCCCUUUAAAGGUAAGGAACUUGAGUUUUUACUCAAUUAUUUGGUUUAUCAAACUUUAUACUUUCUCAUCAUUUGAAUUUGACUUUCUAGAUUAUAUAAUCAUAGAAAAUGUAUGCAGUUUCUAAUCAGAUUAAUGGAAUUUUGUUUUAUAAUUAUCUUGAUGAACAGGCAAAAGUGGCAUGUGGGAUUCUAGUAGAUACUGUUAAUCAGACAAUUUCUCGUCAAAGUUGUAGUCCUCUCUAAUUCAAGAAACAUCAAUACAUCAUUAUGAUAUUUUUGCUACUCAAUCUUUUUAAUCAUUAUGAGAAUCUGAUUUUGUUCAAUGUCUACCAGUAAGAAAUGUAGUUAACAUCAAACAUUUCUACAAUGCUAAAAGUAACAAUUAAAACCACAA